GAUGCUCUAAGCUCUAUAGUCUUGCCGCCCACGUGGACCCGCCGAUGCCGCAAGGCGACGCGACCACUUCGAGAGCUCCAACACAAAAGGCGAUGUGGCGGGCUAGGCGCUGGCCGUGGCCGAGGCCGAGGCCGCGAUGGGUCUCGUCGGACACGGUGGUGGCCACGAAUUCGGGCGAGCCGGCACGACGGCAGGUGGCGGCGCUAUGGGGAAACGGGGACUACGGGCGGCUGGGGCUGGGGGCGUUGGAAUCGCGGUGGAGCCCCACGGUGUGCCCCUUCUUCGUAGGGCGCCCCGGCGACCCGCCCGCCUCCCUCGCCUGCGGCGGCGCUCACACCCUCUUUCUCACCCACAGUGGGCGCGUGUUUGCUACGGGGCUGAACGACUUCGGGCAGCUUGGGAUCGGCUCCUCGAUGACUCAUAGUCUGGACCCUAUUGAAGUCUCGGGAUUUCAUGACAGAGUUGUAGAAAUUUCAGCUGGAAACCACCAUUCUUGUGCAGUAACAGCGGACGGUGAGCUCUUCAUCUGGGGCAAGAAUUCGAGUGGUCAGCUUGGCCUUGGAAAAAGUGCAGGAAAAAUAGUCUCUACCCCGAGAAAGGUUGACUACUUGGCAGAUGUUAGAGUGAAAAUGGUUGCUUUGGGGUCAGAUCAUUCAAUUGCUGUUACAGAGGAAGGUGAAGCCUUGAGUUGGGGAGCUGCUGGCGCUGGUAGACUUGGACAUGGCCAUAAAUCUAGCAUCUUGGGAUUUGCUAUGGCCUCAAAUGAAUAUACUCCAAGAUUGAUCAAAAACCUUGAUGGUAUCAAGAUUAAAAGGGUAGCCGCAGGAAUGCUGCACUCUGCUUGCAGUGAUGAAAAAGGUACCGUGUUCAUAUUUGGGCAGAAGACUGAGAAGGUGGUAUUUGGAAGAUCAAAUGAUGUACCUAGACCAAGUGUUGUUGAAGAAAUAAAAUUUUCAGAAGAAGUUGCUUGUGGAGGCUAUCAUACUUGCGUUGUAACAGAUCGUGGAGAUUUGUACUCUUGGGGUUCGAAUGAAAAUGGUUGCCUUGGUCUUGGGGGGACAGGCAUAGUUCGCUCCCCAGAAGUUUUAAGGAGUUCAUUAUUUAAGCUUCCUGUGUCUAAGGUAUCCUGUGGUUGGAAGCACACAGCUGUAAUUUCAGGUGAAGAUAUUUACACAUGGGGUUGGGGAGGUGCCAAUGGUACGUUCUUCGAAGAGGGCCAUUCUUCUGGUGGGCAAUUAGGGCAUGGAAACGAUGUUGACUAUUUUGAGCCGAUGAUGGUGAAAUUUGGCAAGAAUGCAAGAGCAGUUCAUGUAUCAUGCGGCUUCAAUCAUACCGGUGCUAUACUCGAGUACAAGAACUAACUACCGUGCCAUGUACAGGACUGUAACUGUAAGUGCAAUCGGGCAUGUUUGGUACUACGAAGUUAUACCUGCACAUAUAGAAAAAAAAAAUAAGCUCACCUUGGAUGAGUGUACGUGGAUGAACUCGUAUAACGGAACGGGAUGCAAGCCAGAUGCUUUGCACCCACCAGAGUUACAGUUUAGUUUAGCUGUAUAGUGUUCUUCCAUAUAUUUUCGUCCCCAUCUUGAAUCUGUCAUAUUUGACGGCCUGCAAACACAAUUUUAACCAAAAUAAAUCAUGUCUCUACAGUUACAUACUUGCAAUGUAUAUGGAUCAUCCAUUAUUAUUUUUA